AAGAAACCAUGAGUCAAUAUAUAUUCACCUUUAAGAAGGGAACAAGUGAACAAUCCUUUCCCAGCCAUCAAAUAAAAACAAACACAUUCCCACACACAAAGGAAAACAAAACCUUGAACAAUCACUCCUAGGCAACUCUAUUUUCUCUUUCCUUUUUUUUUUUUUUUUUUUUUAAUUUCUAUGAAUUUGUUUAUGCUUUAGUUUCUUUUACUUCUUUUUGUCGAGUGACGCGUGAGAGCAACUUGUUCUCGGGAGCUUUAUGCAUAAGUGUAUGAUUAUCAAGUGAUUUCUUUUUAAAAUGUUUAUUUUUUGUAUUUUAUGAUAGGUUGAUACAACUUGAAAUCAUUUUUAAUUAACAAUAAUAAUUUAUGGAAGGUGGUGGCGUUUUUGAAAGUUGUCUUGAUAUGAUUACUUUGCUUGAGGAUUCCAACAACUCACUAUGGCUUCCUUCUUCGUCUUCUUUUCAUGAGAACAUUAGUCCAGAACCCAAACGAGAUAGAAUGGAAAAUCUAAAAAGAGAUGGAUAUAACGGAGCAUUUUCUUGGACAAGCGAAGUUCAAGCUGAGACCAACAGGGAAGAUUCAGACCCAAAUCCUUAUAACCAAAUGGAGAAUAAAAGAAGGCUAAAGCAAGAACAAGUUCAAUUCUUAGAGAUGAGUUUUGAAGAGGAAGACAAGUUGGAACCACAAAGAAAAAUGUAUUUAGCCAAACAUCUUGGUUUGCAACCAAGACAAGUUGCUAUUUGGUUCCAAAAUCGACGUGCUCGUUAUAAGACUAAACAAAUUGAAAAGGAGUUCUCUAUAUUGAGGGCUAGCUACAAUCGCCUGAAGCUUGAUUAUGAAUCUCUCUAUAAGGAAAAGACAAACUUGGAAAAUAAGGUAGAGAUGUUGACAAAGAAAAUGGCACAAAAAGAAAGGAAAGACAUUAUUUCAAAUCUGGAUACUAUACUUGAUUUGGAUGAAGCAAUUUCAAUAAUGGAGACUUGUGGAAAUUUGCACAAUACUGAAAUAGAAGAUGAGUUAGUAGUGUUGAGCACUAAGCAACCAAAAAAUGUGAAUUUAACAAAGAGUAAUGUAUUCGAUUUUGAGAGUCCAUAUUACAUUGAUGGGAACCGUUUUUCUGCACAAAUUAAGGCUUCUUCAACCUUAGUGCGUGAACCAGAGCAAGAACCUGAAUUUUCACCAAGUGGUAUAGAACAACAUAUGAUGAAUACAAGCCUUGUAUCGCCACAAACACCACCAACAUUCACUAAUUUUCUCAAGGUUGCAGACGAUAUGAAUGAUGAAUCUAAUGCUUCUUCUCGUACCUUUUCAUUGGUUGAUGAUCAUACUUUUUGGUCUUGGCUUUACUAGCUAAGAUUGUAGCAGCAUUACAACCCCCACAAUUUCCCUAUUGGCUAUAGCUAAUUAGUUCAAAUUGUUUUAUGUAAGGGUAUAAUUUUGAUAGUAAUAACAUUAAAUGGUAGUUUGUUAGAAAUUGUUUAAACUGUUGAGUUAUUAAAACAAGUUUUCAGCCUAAAAUUUAGUUGCAGAAUUAGAUUAUAUAAGUUAUGUUGUAAGAUGAAACCAUUCAUUCAGAUUUCGAAGUAAACUCCACAUAAAGGCGACUACUCCUAUAUAAUAAUACUUCUACAAGAGAAGGGAAGGAGAUGUAGGCAAACAUAAUACUCAAUGAUUCAAUACAAGAGAAGAUGACUACUCCUGUAUAAUAAUACUUCUAUGAUAGAUUCAGACGAAGUAAUUUAAUUAUGUGAAUUUAGAGAGUUGCUAAGUUUCCGAAGUAAACUCCACAUAAAGGUCGAAACAAGGAAAAGGAGAAGACCAGUUAUAAUAGCAUACUUGAGGCCAAGGUUCACAAGCAAAUUGACAAGAAGACCAGCAGAGACCACACCAAAGAAGUUUGCUGAUAAAGCAGACCAGAAGGGCAUGUCUAGCACUGAAGCAAUGAUAGCACCAGUCCAUGCUCCGGUCCCAGGAAAUGGCACAGCUACAAAUAACAUCAAACCAAGCCAUUGAAACUCUUCUACUGGGCCAGCCUUUUCUUUGGCCCUCUUAAAAAGCAUGUCUAGCACCCUUGAUGCAACAUGGUUCUUCCCAGCAACAAAAUUUGCAAAUUUCUUCAGAUACAGUAUAAUAAAUGGAACUGGAAUCAUGUUCCUACAGCACAAAUAACUAAACUAGAUUGGUACAGCAUCAACAAUUCCACAAGCCAAACUUUCCUCUAGGUAAUUAACAGUAUCAUUAGAACAUGAUUUUUCCACAUUGCUAUUUAACAUAUUAAUCACCUCUCAAUACAAGUACUUAAAGCAUUCGUGUUUGCAAAAACUUUCACUCCCAAUCAACUAUAACAAAGAAUUUGGUGGACAUAGUGGGAGGGAUAAGCCAUUGGCUCAAUAAAUUUCCAGCCAAUCUAGAAUUUUCGUUUCAAACAGUCAUAUACACUUAUACAGGAGAGGGCUGGCCAUGCACCGAGCCAAACUUAAUACAUAAAAUUUUUAUAUUCCUCAUUCUGUUACUUCAAUCAAGUUUAACACAUGUCAAUUUGAACUAGGAAAGUUAUUUUGGGCCUUGGCUUGAUAAGUAUAUUUCAAAUUGAAGCAAAGAUGAUGCUUAGCUCAACAAACAAUGUUCAAACAAUAAGUAUGAUAUUUACUAAUGUCGUUGCCAUAUGAGUCAUGACUCUAUAACAGUAUUUCACUUAUGCAAGUUGUACCUUUCCUUUGUAAUCAAAUCUGAAGAAUUACUCAGACUAUAAUAGAAAGUUGGAGCUUAGAACUCGGCUCAUUAAUAAGCAAAUCAAACAAAGCUAAAGUUUUGGCCAAUCUAAUUGUGAAUGUUUGUAAGUGUAACCACCCUAUAACUAUAAGAGCCAAAUCACCAUCAUCAUCCUUUCCGGAAAAGCCACAUCUUCAGGUCAAAAUGAAAGGGGAGGCUAUUAACCUCGCUCAAGGAUCAGAAAUUAGGUUUAAGUGAAAGUUUGUGUUGUGUUGUGUCAACGUGUAUGAACCAAAUAUGACAAUAAUAAAUAAAUAAUCAAGACAAAGGUAGAGAUAAGUGUAAAGGGAAGAGAGGAGCUAAAAUGGGAGUAAAUACACAAGACAAGAAGGUUGCCCUUAAUGAGACUUUUGGGCACUAAAUAAUGUAGCAUAUAAGUGGGUAUUUAUAAGGAAAUAGGGUCAACAAAGUGGGGCAGCUAGUCCAUAUCACAGCAGCAGCAGAGACAUACAAAAAAGAGGACAGAAGCUCCGCUCGACUUAAACUCGGUCGAGCCAGGGUUGAGCUGCAGGUCGAGCCCCCUGCAGUUUGAUUCUGACCAAUUUUUCUUGCUUUGUCUUUCGUUUUCCGGCUAUCACACGGUCUCCAAUGCUUCAUAUAUUAAUCCUAGGACUGAUUUCAUCCUCUUCCAACCUUCACAUGUCAAGAUUUACUCCAUACAACCCAAUCACAUGUGAAUUUUGUCCUCUUCUAGUCUUCACCAACUAAAAUGAUUAAUUUACUUAAUCAUGCUUUGACAAGUUACCAAUAAUCCUAACAUAAAACUAUAAGACAAUUGAUGCUAUAUAGUCUAUAGAGAUGAGAUAAUGCAUUCACGCCUAUAACAAUUAAUCUUGGUUUGAAAGUAAGCAAUUUCGUUUGGGUUUCAAAUUAGGAUUUCUUUCGACAAAUCAUAAUAAAAAAGAUAAAAAAAAAUUUUAAAAAAAAACUGAAUCCGGAAAUGCGCAGAGAAUGUUCGGAAUUGAAAACAAAAUAGCUGACCCUAGAAUGGAUAAGACGGUGAGAAGGGCUGGGUGGAGUUGCAUCCAAUAACCAACAGGAAUAGCCCCACGAAGCUCAAUCACAGGAAGAGUGGCUA